UGAUCUAAACUGUCAAACCUUCAUUACGAAGCAUUUUGUGAAAUCGAAAAAGAAUCUAGUGGACAACGAAAGUUUUCCGAAUUUUCUGUAAUAUUUGCAACUUAUAAUCGCGCAAAUCACGAAGGAUAUUACAAAAUGGUUCUGGAGAGUACAAUGCUGUGCUUUGAUAACAGCGAUUAUCAGCGCAACGGUGAUUAUUUCCCAACCCGCUUGAACGCCCAGAAAGAUGGUGUAAAUUUGGUUUGCCUAUCCAAGAUCCGUUCGAAUCCGGAAAACAAUGUUGGCUUGCUGACAUUGUCCAACACGACCGAGGUAUUGGCCACGUUGACCAGCGAUGUUGGCCGUAUUCUUUCGAAGAUGCAUCUGAUCAAUCCGGGAGGAAAUAUCAAUAUGAUGACUGGGCUGAGAAUUGCUCAUCUUGUGUUGAAACAUCGCCAGGGCAAAAACCACAAGAUGCGUAUCGUUGUUUUUGUCGGAUCUCCAGUGAACCAUGACGAAGGAGAGCUGGUAAAAUUGGCGAAAAAGUUAAAGAAGGAAAAGGUUAAUGUGGACAUCGUUAGUUUCGGAGAUCAUCAGAAAAACAAUGAUAUCUUCACCGCUUUCAUAAACGUACUGAAUGGAAAGGACGGUACCGGAUCGCAUCUCGUUUGCGUACCUCGAGGUUCGGUUCUUUCGGAGGCGUUGAUUUCUUCUCCGAUCAUCCAAGGUGAAGAUGGAACUGGCGGAGCAGGUUUAGGUGGUGCCGGUUUCGAGUUUGGGGUUGAUCCCAAUGAAGAUCCUGAGUUGGCCCUAGCUUUGCGCGUUUCUAUGGAAGAACAGCGUCAACGGCAGGAAGAUGAGCAGCGCCGAGCUCAGGCUACUAGCAGUGCUGAGACUGGGAAUGAAGGAACUUCUUCAGGUGCGGCUACUGCUUUAGUUAGUCAACCGAAUACGGAAGAAGCGUUGCUGGAACGUGCCUUGGCACUGUCCACUGAUGAUGCUAUGCCCGAUUUUGCGAACAUGACGGAGGAAGAACAGAUUGCAUUCGCCAUGCAAAUGUCUAUGCAGGAUGCCCAGCAGGAAACGCCCAUUUCGCAACCAGCCAAGCGCCAAAAAAAAGACGAAACACCGAUGGAAGUUGAUGAAGACAUCAACGAGGUAAUUACCGAUCCAGAAUUUUUGCAAAGUGUCCUCGAGAACUUACCCGGCGUAGAUCCGCACUCCGAAGCCAUACGAGAUGCUGUUGGCUCAUUGAACAAGGAUAAGAAAUCAUCGGAUAAGGAGGGUGAUGAUAAAAAAUAAUUGAUAUAAUGUACGUUUGCCUUUGGGUGUCAUUUACUAAUACCAUUCAAUGAAAUAAUUUGCUAAAACUUCAAUAAAUAUAAAAGAAUAAAAA